AUGCCGGAUUUGGCGUCGGGGGCCACAGACGGCGUGGACGACGCCGAGGCUGCGGCUUCUGCUAAAUCUCCGCCGGAGGUCAAGAAAGAAGAUGCUGAGGCGACGGCGCCCUCAGCAGAUGCGAGUGCAGCGAACUCUAGAGUAAAUAUACAAAUAGAAAACUUUAAUGCAAUUCUAUACAUGAAAAAACUUUCUGAGUAUGGUGUAUUUUCAUCAUUACAUAACUGUGAAAUUGAGAAAAAUUUGUGGGUUACUGAUUUGCACAGAUAUGGAAAUAAUUCAAAACAUGGAGUGAUUAUUGAUCUUACUUGUGAAAAAGGUGAAACAUUCCUGAAAUCAGUUUUGAAAAAUGAUUCAUUUGGCUAUUGUGGAGCCCACUGGCUCUGCAUGGUAAAAGAACAGUCUGAUCUAAAUUUCUUCGCCAAAAAAGGCUUCCUCACAUCAGCUACUGCUUUAAACACAUCUGAAGUCAACUUCCCAUGCCCUGCAAAUAUAUCACAAAGAGAACAUAGGUUCACAACAGAAGUAAGCGAAACUGCCUUGUCACACAAGGAUGCCUGCAGUUUUCUGGAUAUGAGACUAAAUAAAUCAUUUGGUGGAAAUCUAAGUUACAAAAUUCAUGUAUAUGAUAUUCGAGGGGAUAGUAAUUACAAAUAUACUGUGAGAGGCACAGUGGUCAGAACAGAUAGUAAUUUUCAAAUGGAUAUGAGUGGGAACCGUGAACUUUUUGACAGAUCUAUUCUUCAUCUGCUGCAGGAUAUUUUGGAGUUUAGGUUAAAAGUUUCAAACCACAAUGGAAAGAAAUAUUCACGAGAUCUUUCAAUUUUGAGGCAACUAGCAACCAAUAAAAUUGAUGUAGGAUCAACCACUAUUCUACUAACUUAUGAUCGAAUUGGAAUGGCAGAUUAUAGCAUUGGUGUGGACACAUUUAAACCACAACUUUUCUAUAAGGUCCAGUCACUUCGAGCUGCUCGUAACAUUUACUCUUUACCAUUUUCUCUGGACGUGUGGGUCUCUCUGUUCUCACUACUUGUGGGUAUCACAUUUCUCCUUACUUUCAUAUUGGGUAGUGAAACAAGGCUACCUAUUGCACAGAAAAAUUCUACUGGUGAGAAUUUUCCAUUCACUGGGAUCAGUGCAUCAAGGAAGCAGUUUAGCCUUAAUAUGUUGGAGCAACCAUCAUGGGACUUGAGUGAAGUAAUGCUUGUUACAAUUGGUGCUCUAAGUCAACAAGGUGCAGAUAGGCAUCCUAAUACGAUGGCAGCUCGGAUUUUAUUCCUUGUAUUGUUCCUGCUGGCUGUCCUGAUGUAUACAGCAUACUCAGCAAGUGUAAUCUCAAUCAUGUCAUCCACAAAACCUGUUUCAAAUUCACUGCAGGGUAUCCUUGAGAGCAGUUCCAAAAUGUCUGUUGCUCUUCAUGACAUCCAUUAUUAUCACACCCAAUUCCAGAUUGAAAGAAAUCCGCUAUCUCAAAACUUACACAAACUGGAACUGGUACCUGAAUUUCUCUCUUUAGAAGAAGGCUUAGAAGGAGCUUUAGAAGGGACCAUUGCUUUUUCAUGUGGUCAAGUUGAUGCCCAUACAUACCUACAAAACAGCAAACACUCAGAAGAAAGUCUGUGUGGUUUAGGUGAAAUUCCUGUUGUCAGUGGUAUUGGAUAUCAAAGAAGUUUUGCACUGAGACACAAUUCACCAUUAAGAAAAGCAUUUGAUAAAGGGUUGUUAAGAUUGAUGGAGCAUGGGUUAGUCAAGAGAGAAUGGCGUCGCUAUUUUGGCAAGCGGCCAGCCAGUGAGCUGCACUGUGAAGAAGCUAGUUCCAGUACUGGAUUUGUGAGGAUCACACUAGACGACGUGUGGCCUGCAGUGAAUAUGUUUGGUGUGGGUCUGACAAUUGCAAUACUGCUGCUACCCACUGAGCUACUAGUGAGGCAAUGUACCAGAUAUAUGCAGAAGAAAUCUGCUGAACAGUAUAUAGAAGAGGUCACUUCCAAUGACUGGUCGUUUAGAAAUAAUGGAAGACGAUCCUCAAACCAAGUGAAAACAUUCUGGAACAAGCUUAAUACUUUAAUGCCCACUACAAAAACUGAGUUGCCCUUUAUCCAUUGACAAUCCUGAGUAGAUAAUAAUAAUAAUAGUUUAUUCAUGGCUGUAAUUUUCAGAAAUUGUAAUAUUAUUUUUUUGGAUAAA